AGACGUCAUCAGACUGCGUCAGUAAACGAAAACGUGCGUCGCGUCGCCCGCUGGAGCGCAGUGAUAAAAUAAAAUAAAACAAAAAUAUUGAUUUAGAUUAAAUUUUUAAAUAAGAGAACGUUUUGAGACGAUAUGGAUGAUGAAGAGGAAACGUACAGACUGUGGAAGAUUCGCAAAACCAUCAUGCAGCUGUGCCAUGAUAGAGGCUACUUGGUGACACAGGACGAGUUGGACCAGACACUGGAAGAGUUCAAGAGUCAGUUUGGAGACAAACCCAGCGAGGGUCGUCCCAGACGCACAGACCUCACUGUGCUGGUGGCGCACAAUGAUGACCCCACCGACCAGAUGUUUGUUUUCUUUCCUGAGGAGCCCAAGGUGGGAAUCAAGACAAUUAAGAUGUACUGUCAAAGGAUGCAGGAAGAGAACAUCACGCGAGCCCUCAUUGUCGUUCAGAUGGGUAUGACACCCUCAGCUAAACAGUCUCUAGUUGACAUGGCGCCCAAAUACAUAUUGGAGCAGUUUCUACAACAGGAGCUGCUUAUUAACAUCACAGAGCAUGAGCUUGUUCCAGAGCACAUUGUUAUGACAAAAGAGGAAGUGACAGAACUUCUGGCAAGAUAUAAAUUAAAAGAAAGUCAGCUGCCGAGGAUCCAGGCUGGGGACCCUGUGGCUCGCUACUUUGGCUUGAAAAGAGGACAGGUAGUAAAGAUCAUCAGACCUAGUGAAACAGCUGGGAGGUACAUCACAUACAGACUGGUCCAGUGACAGACAGAUGUUCUUCUGGAUCAACAUUUAGCAGGACCAGUGAAGGAAACUGAUGUCACAGCUUUCAUCACUCAUCUAUGGACUAUCCUUCUGCUUUUCAACGUGUUUUGUUUAAAUAUUUCAUGUAAUUACGGAUUUUGUAAAAUAAAUGAUUCAAAAAGUA